GAACUUGUACUUACUGUACUUUACAAAUACACUCAUUUCUGUAUUGGUGCACUAAUUUUUUUAGGAUAGUGGUGGGUUUCAAAUGGUGUCUUUGUUAGAGCUCUCUAAUGUGACCGAAGAGGGAGUUCAUUUUCAAUCACCGUAUAAUGCAUCACCUAUGCUACUGAGUCCUGAAGCAUCAAUAUCUAUACAAAAUAUUAUUGGAGGUGAUAUUAUUAUGCAAUUAGAUGAUGUGGUUCAUUCAUUAACUGUUGGUGAGAGAGUGGAAAAAGCAAUGAAAAGAUCUUGUAGAUGGUUAGAUCGUUGUGAAAAAGCCCACAGUUCCGAAACAAGACAAAGUUUAUUUGGAAUUGUUCAAGGUGGUCUUGAUCCUCAUCUUCGAAAAGAAAGUAUUAAAGUAUGGAGCUUGGAAUAGGGCUGAAUCAACGAGUGUACUGGGCCUACUGGCAAUGAAGAACAACUACAAUUAAGAUGGCUGUGGAAUGAUAUAGCAAGAAUUAUCCUCAAGAAAAGGGACACUACAAAACAUGGACCAUGGACUGUGGACUGAAAAACUAAACCAAAAAA